UAAAAGUUGGAAUAUAUUCGUAAUCUCUGUAUUACUUUUAAUUUAGAAAAAUAAGUAUAGAAAUUGGAAAUUCCUUUUAGCCAAGCACAACUGUAUUAGCUAUGACGUCUUUACUAUUAGGCGUAUUUUCGGUUCUAUAAAAGCUAACCGUUUUCUCAAAAAGCAGUUAGUGACUUUUUGACAAUGGUUCCCACGGGAUUGUUUUUACUUCUGACUGCCUGCUGCGUGUCCCUGGCAUCCGCCGGAUUCGGGUUUGGCUUCGGUGGUGGUGGCAUUGGAUUGGGAGGCGGUAAUGGAGGUUCCUCUGCCCAAGCCAGUCUUCCUGGCUUGAAUUUGGGAGGAGGAUAUAAUGGAGGAUCCAUUGGCUUGUCUGGCAGUGGAUCCCAUAGUGCUGGUUCAUCUGGAUCGAUUUUAAAUCAAGCUGCCAAUGGCAUUCUAGGCGCUGCAGGAACUGGAGCCAAUGCUAUCCAUUCUGCAGGAUCAGCUGCUGCUUCUCACGGAGCCCAGGCUGCCAAUGGAGUACUGAAUGCUGCAGGAAAUGGAGCUAAUAUUGUCCACUCGGCGGGAUCAGCUGCUGCCGCUCAUCAUGCUCAGGCUGCUAAUGGAGUCCUGGAUGCUGCAGCAUCUGGAGCUAAUUUUGUCCACUCUGCAGGAACUGCUGCUGCCGCUCAUCAUGCUCAGGCUGCCAAUGGAGUGCUGAAUGCUGCAGCAACAGGCGCCAAUAUUGUCCACUCUGCAGGAUCUACUGCUGCCGCUCAUCAUGCUCAGGUUGAUAAAGCAGUGCUUGAUGCUGGAGCAUCUGGAGCCAACGUGGUGCACUCUGCAGGAUCUACUGCUGCCGCUCAUCAUGCUCAGGCUGCCAAUGGAGUGCUGAAUGCUGCAGCGACAGGCGCCAAUAUUGUCCACUCUGCAGGAACUGCUGCUGUCGCUCAUCAUGCUCAGGCUGCCAAUGGAGUGCUGAAUGCUGCAGCAACAGGCGCCAAUAUUGUCCACUCUGCAGGAUCUACUGCUGCCGCUCAUCAUGCUCAGGUUGAUAAAGCAGUGCUUGAUGCUGGAGCAUCUGGAGCCAACGUGGUGCACUCUGCAGGAUCUAGUGCUGCCGCUCAUCAUGCUCAGGCUGCCAAUGGAGUGCUGAAUGCUGCAGCAACAGGCGCCAAUAUUGUCCACUCAGCAGGAUCUGCUGCUGCAGCUCAUCAUGCUCAAGCUGCUAAUGGAGUGCUGAAUGCUGCAGCAACAGGCGCCAAUAUUGUCCACUCUGCAGGAUCUACUGCUGCCGCUCAUCAUGCUCAGGCUGCCAAUGGAGUGCUGAAUGCUGCAGCAACUGGAGUCAAUGUUGUCCAUUCUGGUCACUUAAACCUUGAGACCACCGGAACUACUGGGUCCAACGCUGGGCACUUAAGCAUCGGUUCAUCUGGAAUUUCUGGUUCCCAUUCUGGUUCAGCUUCGACUUCCGGUGCUAACUCUGCCAAAAUAACUGCCAGCCACGCCAAUAUUGGAUCUUCGUCAACUGGUUCACAGCAGUCAGCAUCUGUACAAGCGGGUUCUGCCAAGAUCACAGUUGGCCAUGCAAGUAUUGGAAGCUCUGGAAGCAAGGUGGUCGGUUCUAACGCUGCUUCUGGUAGUGCUGGUCACAUCAAUGUUGGAACAACUGGAGGUGCAUCAUCCUCCACAUAUAAAACUGAAUCCUCAAAAGUCUCAUCCUCUGGAGGCUCAUCUUCCGGUCAUGGAUCAGGAUCUGGUGGUCAACUGAGCAUUGGUUCAUCUUCAUCUGGUUCCCAUGCUGUCGGAAAUGUAAACAUUAAACAUUCCGAAACCUCUUAUUCCUCGAAAACUGAAACCUCCAAGGUAACUGCUGGUCAUACCCAUAUUAGUUCCGGAUCCGCAUCCAUUGGAGCCUCUGGGACAAACGCAGGAACAGCCCAUAUCAAGACAGAACACAAGAAAGUCGAAUCAUCAGGUGCUGGUUCAUCACUCAGUGGUUCAGGAUCUGCCUCUCUCGGAAUCCAAUCCUCCGGCACAACCAUUUCCGGAUCAUCCCAAACUGCCGGAUCUCAUGGAGUUGGCAUUUCGGGAUCAACUGGUUCGGGAUCGAAGGUAUCUUCGGGCUCAGCAUCUCUCGGUGUGGGACAUCUGAGCAUUGGAGCAACUGAUUUGAGUUCAAAGGGAUCUUCUGGUCACCUAAGCAUCGGAUCUUCAGGAAUCUCUGGAUCUACCGGUUCUGGAGCAGGAUCUUCAAAGAUCAGUGCUGGACAUUUGAGUAUUGGUUCCUCUGGAACCAGCAACGGUGCCGGAUCACUUUCUCUGGGAUCCGGUGGCCUGACAGUUGGAGCAAACGGACACAAAUCCACUACUGCUGGAUCUGUUGGAUUAACUGGUGCUCAUCAGGCUGCAUCUCUGACGCAUGGAGUAGCCAGUGGAAUACUGGGAUCUGCUGCUGGAUCGGGUCUCUCUCUCGGAGGAAACACUGGAUCAAACGCAGGAUCUAGCCAUCUUUCCGUUGGCAACUCCGCUGGAUAUCAUAAGGGAAGCAUCAGCCUGGGUGGAAACGGUCUUAGCCUUGGUGGCAAUCUCGGUGGAAACUCUGGAAGUGCUGGAAUUGGAUUGGGCGGCGCUCACAUUGGUGGCUCCAUUAACCGAGGCGCAGGUCUUUUCCUUGGUUAAACAUAUUCUUCGAAGUAUUCCUUAGUAUUGUAAAUUAAAGUUUGUUUUUAAAGAUAUAAAAGUCCAGUAAAGAUAAUGUUAAAUACAG